ACGCUAUCUACUCCCGUAUAGAACAAUCGAAAGGUUCGCAUAUCGGCGUUUUCACGUAUUGCGGGCCGGCGGGGCGUAUGCAAUCACCUUGCACGCUGCGGUCGCCUGAAACCAGUCUCCCCCCGGGUCAGCACACUAAACACGACCAUGAAGGUCUCCGAACUCCUCGCUGCGGCUCUGGCAUUAGUGGCGCUUUCAAGUCUUCCAGCCAGCCAUGCCGCGUGCGACGCAAAACCAAAGAAGCAAGUGAAACCCAAGGCGAUUCCGAGCCUUCUGAUGGGUUACAGAAACGGGUGGAAACUCACGGCAGAAAUCAACGACAAAAACGAGAAGUCCACGGUGUACCUGAUUGAAUACUACAACACAGAAAGGAAAGAAGGCUUUCUGAGGUUCAAGCAAGAUGGUCGGGACGACGUGAACCUCUACUACAUCUCCUCCACAUCAGAACUGUUUGUCUACCAGAAAGGUUCUUGUAGAGUCGCGGAUGUGCGGAACCCGCCCGAUCCCGUCAAGUCACUCAUCCACGAGUGGCGCAACUGGCGUAACAACUUCACGCUCUUCACCAUCUUGGGUCCCUCGGCGCUUUUCGCCAAGGCAUGGAUGGCACAGAGCAAGGAACUGUACUACCAAGGCCCAGGCGAGCCAAUCCGCGGUAUUAAGAGCUUGCAGUGGGCCGCUUGCUAUCCUGGAGACGACGACCCGACGCUGGUUUGGUUUGCAGAUCCCGAAUGGGACGCGGGCUACGGUACGGGAAAGUCCCUGCCGCUCAGGAUCACCACGGGACCGCGCACAAUUGACAUCAUGAUGAUGCAACCUUAUCAAAGUGACGACGAUGGCGUCUUGAAGAUACCCACGGGACUGGGCUGCAAACGCUUAGCCAAAGAUCUUCCAAUGCCACCCAAUUUCUCGAACCUGGACCUUGAGUUUCACGUCGAAAUGGCUUUCACCAACCCUUCGGUGCUGGGCCCGGACCACUACUUGUCGCAUUUAGAAGUAAUACGAGACGACAGAGACAGUCUCCUGAGCGUAACCGGUGCAGACUGGACGUCGGCUAAGAAAGUGAUUCACUCUCCCAUCGUGAGCAUGCAGAGGAUAUACGACUACGCUAACGGUCACACCUACACGUACGUCGACAGCAGCGGAAGGUACGGGUGCAAAGUGAGAGCGCAGGACAAUGUCAGACCCAUCAUACAGCUCCCGGACAUAAGCGAGAUAAACAUGAUGGACACGAUACUGCCAAACUACGACGUCCUCAAGAAAGCAAGCUACCUCGGCAUUCAAAGUGUCCGUGGAAUGCCCGUGCACACCUACGAGUUGGUAACGGAUCCGAUGCCAGUGGGAGGUGCUCACCUGACGCACGCUGUGCUGAUUUACAGCUUCCUUGCGGAACGCGCAGUGAUGGACACGUCGGUCAACCAAAAGAACCUGCCGGUCCGAGUGGCCAUGUACGCUUAUGUUAGCAAGAAGACUGAGCCGUACUUCUACUUCUUCGCAAACAUCCACGACAUCACGACGGAGAUGAUGGACCUGAACAAGAAGCUGAACGUGAAGAACUGCUACCAGGAGAACGAAUCUGAAUUCACCUGGGUUCAGCUCGGCUUCCCAGUGUCGAAGCACAUGGUCCUAUUGAUGAUAAACCGCGCCAACAUCAAGCGCAGAUUCAUGGCCGAGCUGCAACGUGUCACGAAACUCUCACCUCUCCGAACCCCUGACGUAAUGAUUGACUUCACCGAAAACAUGGUCUACAUAACGGUGCUCAUCUUGGGACAUCCUGCUAUUUCAGCUGACUACAAGGAGAUCCAGAACAAGAAAAUCAUGGAACCGGAUUGGUCCGAGGGUGUCAUCACGCAGGGCGACUGCCUCAAAACGUGUUCUUCAAACCAAUAUAAGGACUGCAGCGCGGUAUCUUACUGCGGAUCGUUCUGCUCCACAACGACGAAGAAAGAUGUGGAGUCAGCCGGUGUUCUUGAGAACUCCGUGGAAUGCAACACUUUCGUGAAGACGGAGCGCUCUCGCAAAAGGAACAUCGUCCUGACCCGGGAUGCCAUCGGGGCCCUCGAAGACGCCUUGUUAAACAGCGAGUUCAAGUUUAUCGUGCAGCACCUCGGAUCUCGUGUAGCGGUUGCCACACUUGUUGCCGAAACCAUCGAGUACUCCACUGGGGGACUCCGUGACGUCAUCGGAGAGAAAGAUCCGGACCUCAGGCAUUUCCAUCAGCAAGGCCUGUACCUGCCGAAGGAUUUCAGCGAGUACGGCGUGGGCGCGCGACUGAAGACGAGCGCGUCCUACGGCAUGCACGUGGGCUCGUUCGCCGCGCAGGACUGCGCCGACAUCUGCCGCGACCGCGAGGACUGCUUCGCCUUCUCGACGUGUCUGGCCAGCAAGCAGUGCGUCAUCAGCACCGAGGCUAGAAGGCCCACGUAUCAGGACACGGAGGUCCAGUCAGACUGCACCGUGUUCACUAAGAGCUUCCAGAGCAGUUUUGAGGAACUGCCGGGCAUCUGCUACUCGUUCACGGCGCGCAAGUACGUGAACGUGAGCCAGCCGGCCGAGUGCGCCGCCAUGUGCCUGAACGAGAAGGAGUUCGUCUGCAAGGCGUUCGACUUCUGCACAAGGUCGCGCAAGGGCAAGCCCGUCUGCCGUCUGCAGGACAAGCACAUCCUCGAAGUCAGCGACCCAGCCGACCUCGACCGAAGCGACGCCGAGAAGUGCAGCCACUACACACGCAAGCACAUCAGCGACUACCGCAAGGACCGCCUGGUCCGCCUGCUGGGCACCCCGCGCACGGUGAUCAAGAAGGUGUCCGAGGCCGAGUGCGCGCGCCAGUGCUGGGAAGCGAGCUUCCGCUGCGACAGGUUCGACCACUGCGCCGGCAAGCGUGAGCUGGGCAAGGGCGACUGCCUGCUGUACGACGGCGACAAGGGACCGUACGGGACCGUCAUGUCGCCCAUCUGCAACUCCUACACAUACACGGGAAACUACGAUCGUCAAGUAGCAAAAGCAUCCUCGGCACUACACACCAAUGCAAAGGCCACUGGCCUGUCCUUCUUCAUGAUAUUCCUGGGCGGAGGCGUCGCAGUCGCGGCGCUCUUCGCCUACGGCUUCUACAAGACCAGGCAAGCCGGAAGAGGAUGAGGAUUAUGAAUAAUAAAGUAUUUAUAGAAACAUC